AUGGACGAUCUCAUCGUUGACGUAGAACAGCCAAACGGUGUUUAUUACAAAGCAUCCGUGCUUGGUUUGGAUGAAUCUGGCGUCAAUGUUAAAUAUGACCAAGAUUUCUUCCCUCCAGCAAAAAUUUCAUUCUCGGAAAAUCGUCUACGACUCCCAUCUGAACUGAUCGACCUAAAAAAAUUACAACCUGGCGACCCGUGCGAAGUGUUCACAAAAUCGAAAGAAGAUGAACCAUUCGCUUGGUGGCCAGCCACUGCGAAAAUGAUUAAGGGUGAUUUUGUUGUUGUGGAUUAUAAAUCUGGGGCUCAAGGCACCAAUCAUUCGGAUAUUGUACCUAGUGAUAAACUUCGUUGUCCAAAUACAAAUCCUCCAAUAACUUACUCAACGUUUAAAGUAUUAGAAUUACCUGUCAACAAAGAUACUCAAGACGCAUGUAGGAAUCCAGCAAAUCAUAAAGAUUUUAAGCGAAUGUCGGGUGCUGCUGUCGUUCGAUACGAUGAUCAGAAAGAAGCACUGAUUGUUAUCUCAGAUAAUGAUGCUACUCUCCGCCGUGCCCAAAUCCUAUCCGAUAUGCAUUUUCGAAAUUUACGUUCAAAAUCUAGACUUGUACAAGAAACAGAAAAAGUCACGAAAGAACUUGAACUCAUGAAAGUUAGCCAGGUAGAAAAAUUUGUGGAAAAGUUUACUAUCAAAAAUGAACUCAUGGGUCUUGCUAUUGGUACACAUCAUUCAAACCUCCAAAAGGCACUAGCCGUGCCCGGUGUCACAAAUGUUGAAGUUGAUAAUGAAACUUACACAAUAAAAGUAUCUGGCGAUACGGAAAAGGCUGUAAAGGAGGCACGUGGUUUGUUGGAAUAUGUUGACGAUGCUGUAGCAAUACCGCGAGAGCUUAUUGGAAAAGUCAUUGGUAAAAAGGGACACCUUAUUCAAGAAAUAGUUGAUAAGAGUGGAGUUAUUCGAGUUAAGAUCGAAGGCGAUAAUGAAACACCGACUACACGCGAUGACAACAGUCCAAAUGAUGAAGUUCCCUUUAUCUUUGUUGGUACAGUAGAAAGUGUUGCUAACGCCAAAGUAUUGCUCGAAUAUCAUAUUGCGUCUCUAAAAGAAUUUGAUGAGCUACAAGAAAAGAGGAGUCAAGUUCACGAACAAUAUCGUACCAUUGUUGGUCCUCAACAAGAUGCCACGUCCAAUUCAACUGGUAACAAUCAAGGUUAUCAAGGAGGACGCCAACAGCGGUAUGAUUCGGACAGAAUGAACAAUUCAGUUUCUGGACGCAACUAUUAUGAUGGAGGUUAUCCACAACAGCAACGUUAUGACAACAAUUCACAAGCACGCCGAUCGAAUAACUAUCCAAUGGGCAAUGGUAAUCGUGGACGUCGUGGUUCGGGCGCUAAUUCGUAUCGAACUGGUGGACAAAAUGACACCGGUUAUGAUGAGCGACGUCAAGAUAAUGACAAUGAAAACACUACGCAUGAUGCUCAAGAUAAUACUGAAGGUCAACAACAGUAUCACGAUCAGACAUCAUCUCAACGUAAUAAUAACAACCGAUACAAUAAUAAUAAUCGUGGUCAUCGCGGUUACCGAGGUGGAUAUAAUAAUAGAUACAACUAUGAAUCGAACGAUUAUCAAGAUAAUUAUGGAUACAGCGGUCACUCACAACAGAAUUCAACAUCCAGAAAGUCUCAACAAUCAACGGCAUUGAAUAAUAAUAAUGAUGAUAACGGAACGGAUUCCAACGCUACAUCAACAUCGGAGACAACUAAUGGCAGUCGCAAUUAUAAUGAUGCACCAAAACGGCAACGAACACCUAGACAACCGCAUAGUAACGGUGUUCAAUGA